AUGCCACUAUCGAAAUGUCUUUGCACGAUCUUGCUAGCCUUCAGCUUUCUCUUUAAUAGAGCUCAUGGACUCUUCUUAAGAAGAGAAAUAAGAAGACAAAUUAUCGGCUAUCGAACAGUUUCCGCACAAGAAGCCGACUAUAUCAAUCAAAAUAAUACGCCAUUAAGAUUUAAAGGUUUCGAUCAAGCACGCCAAUUUGAGAAUCAAUUAGGAAGUGGCUUAUCUCUGACACAAAAACCUGCUCUCUGGCCAGGUAGUCCAUCGGUAGAGAAUUGGCAUUGUGUUGUCGAAGCGGAUAGUGAUAUGUUUGCAAAUGCGCGCAAAGUAUAUAUUCCAGGAUACUACCAAAAAAAGAUUCGACCUGGAAAGCUUGAAGAGGUUGCCCUAUGGCACGGAGGCGAAGUCGCUAUCGAAGAUUAUAUUAAGUUAUCUGUACAAAGACACCCCGGAAGAGCGCUACGCUUCUCAUAUAUCGAAAACAUGGGUUGGGAGUUGCAAAUGGUUAUUCCAACUGAUGCAGUAAAUGGAAACGAUCUGGCAUUAUGGUCUAAAUGCUUUGAAACCAAGGAAGAGCUGUUAAAAUAUUCGAGCGAAACUAUUGAUUGGCAGAAAUGGCAUAUUACUGGAGAUCUUGGAUCACCAAGCCUUGAAACUUUCGUUCCAUGGAUAAAUGAUGCUUAA